AUGAAGCUCCACUGGCUGCUCUUGGCAGUCGUCCUGGUUUGUGCCUUUAGCUAUACGCACAGCACCGGCACCUCAACCACCAGUACCGAAGCGACCACCACAGUUAGUGGCACCAGCACCAGCACCACUGCGUCCUCAUCCUCUACGUCGGACACCACAGCAGCUAGCACAAGCAGCGAUAGCGCCACCACCUCCAGCGUCAGUAGCUCCAGCGGCAGCUCAAGCAGCUCCAAGAAGAGCGCUGCGGCCAAGAGGAGGGCCGCAAAAAGGAGGGCCGCCGCCCGCAAGAGGCGUGCUGCCAGAAGGAGGGCCGCCCGCAGGCGCAACAGGGGUUAG